AAGGUAAAUAAGCAUCAAGAAGAGUUCGACACGAUCGCGAUCUAUCGUCUGAUGAGAUCUUGUCAAGGCGGGUUGUAGCACUAUAAAUCAUCGUAAGGUCGAACUAGUUUCGAACCGGGGUCAUCGGGGAUCGGGAGAAGACGAAACAUAAAUCAUCACAAAACAAAUGAAAUUAGACAAAUCCAGUUUUUAAGAUAGAAACCGGUCCGGCAAAUUGAAUUGAUUGGAAGAAGAAGAAGAAGAGGAAGCUCAAGAGGACUCUCUGGAACUCUCGAUUUUGGUGUGCAUCAGUGGCUUUGCCUGCUGCUCGUUAAUCUCAGACAGUGAGUGAUCGAGUGAGAGUGAAGCGAUCACUCAUCGAGAGUGUUUUAGGACACGAUAGGGACACACCAACACUGUCGUGCGUUUGUGCAGCAUCCCGCGACUCACCAGCGCUCGUGUCGUUAUAAGAGCUGAUCUGAACCGGGCCGUUCGUAUCAGUUUUCUGUCCGAAGUCGUCGUGGAAGCUGCUAGAAACAUCUAUCCGUGUGUCUGAGUUCUGCGAGUAGCUGGCAAAUAUGUGGUCGAUGAGGCUAGGCGUCCUAGCGCUGGUGCUGGCAUUGUUUGGAGUGUCCGGCACACAGGCACAAAAUGCUACCACGGGGCCGAAGGUGCUUUGCUACUACAAUGGCAACAAUUCGCUGGCAGAAGGUCUAGGUAAAGUGACCGUGUCCGAUAUUGAGCUAGCGCUGCCGUUCUGUACCCAUCUUAUCUACGGCUAUGCCCGAGUGCACCCCGAAACCUACCGACUGUCUGCGCUGAACGAUGAUCUUGAUCUGGACUCGGGCAAGAGCCACUAUCGCGCAGUGACGACCCUGAAAAAGCGUUACCCCGGGCUGAAAGUGUUCCUGAGCGUCGGUAACUAUUACGAUGUGGGCGAAGAGAAGCCGUUCGAGAAGUAUCUGACGCUGCUGGAAUCGGGCGGAUCGCGUACGGCGUUCGUGAACAGUGCGUACUCGCUGCUGAAGACGUACGACUUUGAUGGGCUCGAUCUGGCCUGGCAGUUCCCACAGACGAAACCGAAACGUAUUCGCGGAUUCACCGGUAAGCUGUGGCAUGGGUUCAAGAAGCUGUUCACCGGGGACAGCAUCCUCGAUCCGAAGGCGGACGAGCAUCGGGAAGAGUUUACGGCGCUGGUGCGUGAUCUGAAGAAUGCGUUCGCGCACGAUAAGUUCCAGAUUGGGUUCACGCAGCUCCCGCACGUGAAUCAGACCAUUUUCCUGGACAUUCCCCUCUUGAAGGAUAACGUUGACUACGUGAACAUUGCGGCGUACGAUCAGCAAACACCGGAGCGUAACCCGAAGGAGGGAGACUAUACGGCACCGAUCUACGAACCGAGUGAGCGCGUCAAGGGUAACAAUGUGGACGAUAAGGUGAAGGCCUGGCAUUCGCAGGGCACCUCACUGGACAAGAUCGUCGUCGGUAUUGCGACGUACGGACGUGGCUGGCGGCUUACGGGUGACUCGGGCAUUACCGGCGUUCCACCGAUUCCUGCCGAUGGUCCAUCUCCGGCCGGACCGUACACCAACAUUCCCGGGUUCUAUAGUUUUGGUGAGGUGUGUGCUAAGCUACCCAACCCGGGCAAUGCUAAUCUGAAGGGUGCCGAGUAUCCGUUGCGCAAGAUCAACGAUCCGACGAAACGAUUCGGUCCGUACGCGUUCCGUAUUCCGGAUGAGAACGAUGAGCACGGUAUUUGGCUGUCGUACGAGGACCCGGAGAGUGCCGGCAAUAAGGCGGCGUACGUGAAGGCGAAGGGAUUGGGCGGUAUUUCGAUCAACGAUCUGGGGUUGGAUGAUUUCCGUGGCACGUGCUCUGGCGAUAAGUUCCCAAUACUGCGGGCGGCCAAGUAUCGGCUGUGAGAAGGAGGACGAUAGGAGGACUCCAAGUCCCAGCUGGUAGUACGCGCUGUCGUGUGUAGCUUUAAGAAGGAUUGUAUGACAGAUUUCUAUCACAAAGACAUGACAAAGCUGGGACAGCUUGUUAUUUUACGUUUGAAUAAAAAGGUUAAUAUUGAUCCAUGUUAGUUGGGUGAAUCAGA